AUGUCUAUCGCCUCUCUGCCUCCGGCUUCGGCUCGCCAAGUCGGCUCCGAGGAUGAUGGCCUCGUCUGCCUCGAGCUCGAGGAUGGCUCCUCCUUCCAGGGCUACAGCUUUGGUGCCAAGAAGAGCAUUGCUGGUGAGCUGGUCUUCCAGACUGGCAUGGUGGGGUAUCCCGAGUCCGUCACAGAUCCCUCGUACAGAGGACAGAUCCUCGUCAUCACCUUUCCUCUGGUUGGAAACUAUGGUGUCCCCUCUCGCGAGACGAUGGAUGAGCUUCUCGGCGACCUGCCAGCUCACUUUGAGUCGUCCCAGAUCCACAUUGCUGGUCUGGUGACAGCCUCAUACUGCGGCGAGGACUUUUCUCACUUCCUCGCUGAGUCCUCCCUCGGCACUUGGCUCAAGGAGCAGGGUGUUCCCGCCAUGUACGGUGUCGACACUCGCGCCCUGACCAAGAAGAUCCGUGAAAAGGGCAGCAUGCUGGGCAAGAUGCGCCUCGAGGCUCCUGGCCUUGCCAACGGCGCCCUCAACGGCCAGGUCGAUGCUCCCCUGGCCGCUACCCCUCUCGAGCACUUUGAGCAGAUCGAUUGGGUCAAUCCUAAUACCAAGAACUUGGUGGCAGAGGUUUCCAUCAAGGCUCCCAAGCUGUAUAAGCCUCCUCCUUCGGUCGCCCGUAAGCACCCGUCAGGGCGUACUAUCCGUGUCCUAUGUCUCGAUGUCGGUAUGAAGUACAACCAGCUGAGGUGCUUCCUCAAGCGUGGUGUCGAGGUCCUCGUCUGCCCCUGGGACUACGACAUUGCCAGCGCCAUUGACGAGUACGACGGUCUUUUCCUCUCCAACGGUCCUGGUGACCCCGCCGUCCUCGAGAACACCGUCAAGAACAUUGCUACCGUGCUUGAGAACAACAAGAUUCCCGUCUUUGGUAUCUGCCUGGGACAUCAGCUCCUGGCCCGCGCCUCUGGUGCCAAGACCACCAAGAUGAAGUUUGGUAACCGUGGUCACAACAUUCCUUGCACCAGCAUGGUGACCGGAAAGUGCCACAUCACCUCUCAGAACCACGGUUUCGCCGUCGAUGCUGCCAGCUUGACCAAUGGCUGGAAGGAGCUCUUUGUCAACGCCAACGAUGGCAGCAAUGAGGGUAUCAUGCACGCUGAGAAGCCCUACUUCAGUGUUCAGUUCCACCCCGAGAGCACUCCCGGUCCUCGCGAUACCGAGUUCCUCUUCGACGUCUUCAUUGACACUAUUGCCAACUGCGCCGAGAACCCUGCUCUUCUCCAGGCUCCUGUCAGCUUCCCCGGCGGCACCAUCGAGGAGAACGAGCGUCUUCACCCCCGCGUCUCUGUCCGCAAGGUUCUUGUCCUGGGCAGUGGUGGUCUCAGCAUUGGUCAGGCUGGUGAGUUUGACUACUCUGGUUCCCAGGCCAUCAAGGCUCUGAAGGAGGAGGGCAUCUACACUGUCCUGAUCAACCCCAACAUUGCCACGAUUCAGACCUCCAAGGGUUUGGCGGACAAGGUUUACUUCCUUCCCGUCAACGCCGACUUUGUCCGCAAGGUCAUCCAGUAUGAGCGACCCGAUGCCAUCUACGUCACCUUCGGUGGACAGACCGCUCUCCAGGUCGGUAUCCAGCUCAAGGACGAGUUUGAGGGCCUUGGUGUCAAGGUUCUGGGUACUCCCAUUGAUACCAUCAUCACGACUGAGGAUCGUGAGCUGUUUGCGCGAAGCAUGGACUCUAUCGGCGAGAAGUGCGCCAAGUCGGCUUCCGCCAGCAACAUCGACGAGGCCAUGCACGUCGUCAAGGACAUUGGCUUCCCUGUCAUUGUUCGUGCUGCCUAUGCCCUUGGUGGUCUUGGCAGUGGCUUCGCCAACAACGAGGAUGAGCUGCUUGAUCUCUGCAACAAGGCUUUCGCCGCCAGUCCCCAGGUUCUCAUUGAGCGCAGUAUGAAGGGCUGGAAGGAGAUUGAGUAUGAGGUUGUCCGUGACGCUCAGGACAACUGUAUUACCGUCUGUAACAUGGAGAACUUUGAUCCUCUUGGUAUCCACACCGGCGACUCCAUCGUUGUCGCGCCUUCACAGACCUUGUCCGACGAGGACUACAACAUGCUGCGAACAACAGCUGUCAACGUCAUUCGGCAUCUCGGCGUCGUGGGAGAGUGCAACAUUCAGUAUGCCCUGAACCCCUUCUCCCGCGAGUACUGCAUUAUCGAGGUCAACGCUCGUCUGUCUCGAUCAUCGGCUCUCGCCUCCAAGGCCACUGGUUAUCCUCUGGCCUUUAUCGCUGCCAAGCUCGGUCUCGGCAUUCCCCUCAAGGAGAUCUCCAACUCGGUCACCAAGGUCACUUGCGCCUGCUUCGAGCCUUCUCUCGAUUACGUCGUGGUCAAGAUGCCUCGAUGGGAUCUCAAGAAGUUCACUCGUGUGUCCACUCAGCUUGGUUCCUCCAUGAAGAGUGUGGGUGAAGUCAUGAGCAUCGGCCGAUCGUUCGAGGAAGCCAUUCAAAAGGCUAUCCGAGCCAUUGACUUCCACAACCUCGGCUUUGGCGAGACCAAGGCCCUGAUGAGCAUUGACGAUGAGCUCCAGACUCCCUCUGAUCAGCGUCUGUUUGCUAUCGCCAACGCUAUGCACGAGGGUUACACUGUCGACAAGAUCUGGGAACUGACCAAGAUCGACAAGUGGUUCCUCCGCAAGCUCAAGGGCCUGAGCGACUUUGCCAAGAAGAUGACCAGCUACAGCACCACCGACAUUGCUACCAGCCCGUCGAUUCUGCUGCAGGCCAAGCGUCUCGGUUUCUGUGAUCGACAGCUCGCCAAGUUCUGGAGCUCCAACGAGAUUGCCGUUCGUCGUCUGCGACUCGAGGCCGGCAUCCAGCCCUUCGUCAAGCAGAUUGAUACCGUUGCGGCCGAGUUCCCUGCCUUUACAAACUACCUGUACAUGACGUACAACGCCUCAGAGCACGAUGUCAAGUUUGAGGAUCACGGUGUCAUGGUCCUGGGCUCUGGUGUGUACCGAAUCGGUUCCUCAGUCGAGUUCGAUUGGUGCUCAGUCCGCGCCAUCCGCACUCUGCGUGCUACCGGUUUCAAGACCAUCAUGGUCAACUACAACCCCGAGACCGUAAGUACCGAUUAUGACGAGGCCGACAAGCUGUACUUUGAGAACAUCAACCUCGAGACUGUCCUGGAUAUCUACCAGCUGGAGAACUCGAGCGGUGUUUUGGGUGCUAUGGGUGGUCAGACUCCCAACAACAUCGCCCUGCCCCUCCACCGUGCCGGUGUCAAGGUCCUGGGUACUUCCCCUGAGAUGAUUGACAACGCCGAGAACCGAUACAAGUUCUCUCGUAUGCUUGACCGCAUCGAGGUUGACCAGCCCACCUGGAAGGAGCUUACUAGCUUCGAGGAGGCCAGAGCUUUCUGUGACAAGGUCUCGUACCCUGUGCUUGUGCGACCUUCGUACGUUCUCUCUGGUGCCGCCAUGAACACUGUCUAUUCCGAGAAGGAUCUCGAGAACUACCUAGCUCAGGCCGCCGAGGUCUCCCGCGAGCACCCCGUGGUUAUCACCAAGUACAUUGAGAACGCCAAGGAGAUUGAGAUGGACGCUGUCGCCAAGGAUGGUAACGUUAUUGGCCACUUCAUCUCGGAGCACGUCGAGAACGCUGGUGUCCACUCUGGUGAUGCCACUUUGAUUCUCCCUCCUCAGGAUCUUGAGCAGACCACCAUCGACCGCAUCGUCGAGGCCACCCGCAAGAUUGGUGCCGCUCUCAACGUCACUGGUCCCUUCAACAUCCAGUUCAUUGCCAAGGACAACGAUAUCAAGGUCAUUGAGUGCAACGUCCGCGCCUCGCGUUCGUUCCCCUUUGUGUCCAAGGUCAUGGGUGUUGACCUGAUCGAGAUGGCCACCAAGGCUAUUAUGGGCCAGCCCUUCCAGGAGUACCCUCCCACUGACCUUGCCCCUGACUGCGUCGGUGUCAAGGUGCCCCAGUUCAGUUUCUCCCGUCUCUCUGGUGCUGAUCCUGUUCUGGGUGUUGAGAUGGCCUCCACUGGUGAGGUUGCUUGCUUCGGUGUUGACAAGGCCGAGGCCUACCUCAAGGCUCUGAUGUCGACUGGCUUCAAGAUCCCCAAGAAGAACGUCCUCCUGUCCAUUGGUUCCUACAAGGACAAGCGAGAGAUGCUUCCUUCGAUCCAGAAGCUUGAGAAGAUUGGCUACAAGCUGUUUGCCACUUCCGGUACUGCCGAUUUCCUCCAGGAGCAUGGCGUCCAGGUUCAGUAUCUCGAGGUCCUCGGCAAGGAGGAGGAUACCAGCUCUGAGUUCUCGCUCACCCAGCAUCUGGCCAAGAACACCAUCGACCUGUACAUCAACCUUCCCUCUAACAACAAGUACCGCCGCCCUGCCAACUACAUGAGCAAGGGUUACCAGACCCGACGUAUGGCUGUUGACUACCAGAUUCCCCUGGUGACCAACGUCAAGAACGCCAAGAUCCUCAUCGAGGCCAUUGCUCGCCACUUUGAGCUUGAGGUGUCCAAGCGCGACUACCAGACCAGCCACCGCACCGUCGUGCUGCCUGGACUUAUCAACAUUGCCGCCUUUGUCCCCGGCAUUGUUUCCCCUGACAGCCAGGAUCUCCAGACUGUCACCAAGGCUUCCAUCUCGGCCGGUUUCAGCAUGAUCCGAGUUAUGCCUCUGGGUGUGGACGGCGCUAUUACCGAUGCCCUUACCCUGAGCGCUGCUCAACAGAACAGCCGACGUGGUGGUUACUGCGACUACAACUUCUCUGUGGCCGCUACUUCGGACAAUGCUGACCAGAUCAGCCAUGUCACCGGUGAGGUGGGAUCUCUCUUCAUCCCCUUCAACCACCUCUCUGGCAACAUCAGCAAGGUUGCUGCUGUCACCGCUCACUUUGACGCCUGGCCUACUCACAAGCCUAUCGUCACCGAUGCCAAGCUGACCGAUCUGGCUUCGAUCCUCCUCCUGGCCAGCCUGCACAACCGACGUAUCCACGUCACCUCGAUCACCAACCGCGACGACAUCAAGCUCAUCGCUCUCAGCAAGGAGAAGGGUCUCCAGGUUACCUGCGAUGUGUCCAUCUACUCGCUCUACCUCUCUCGGGAUGACUACCCCGAGUGCGAGCGUCUCCCUACAUCUGCUGACCAGGCCGCCCUCUGGGAGCACAUGUCGACUAUUGAUGUCUUCUCCAUCGGCAGUCUGCCCUUCCGUCUGGCCACCUCCCUCGGCCACAAGGCUGACCCCUCAAUGGGCAUCGCUGAUGCUCUGCCCCUGCUGCUGACCUCGGUCGCUGAGGGUCGCCUGACUGUCGAUGACAUCAAGGCUCGCCUCUACACCAACCCCAUGGAGAUCUUUGAGCUCCACGAGCAGGUUGGCACCACCAUUGAGGCUGAAAUUGACCGUCCCUACACCGUGGCCGCUGGUGAGUUCUGGUCUCCUUUCGAGGGCCGUCGCAUGCGCGCUUCAGUUCAGCGAGUCACCUUCCAGGACACCACCGUCUGCCUCGAUGGUGAGGUUCUGCCUGUCUCUCCUCAGGGCAAGGACAUGUCGGCGCACAUUGCUCCUCCCAUGUCUCCCCCCGUCAAGCCGACCGUUUCCAUCUCACAGACGACCGAGUCGCCCCAGGCCCGUCGUCUGUCCAUGCUUGGUGGUGUGAAGCCCCUGAACCGCCUCCGUGGAGUUGACGCCGGUGUGGGUGCUACCCUGCCCUCGCCUGCUCGCGGUGCUGCUCCUGUCGACGAGCUCGCUCCUGCUCUGCACCUGCAGCCUCUGGUCAGCUCUUCGCUCCAGCAGCUUCUGUCGCAGCCUUCUGCCUUCAAGAACACCCACGUUCUGUCAGUCAAGUCGUACAGCCGAGCUGAUCUCCACCUGCUCUUCACUGUGGCCCAGGAGAUGCGUCUUGGUGUGCAGCGUGAGGGUGUUCUCAACAUCCUCCGAGGCCGUGUCCUGACAACGCUCUUCUACGAGCCCUCCACCCGCACCUCGGCUUCUUUCGAUGCUGCCAUGCAGCGUCUUGGUGGCCGCACCAUCGCCAUCUCCACCUCCCACUCUUCGGUCCAGAAGGGUGAGACUCUUCAGGACACCCUCCGAACUCUGGCUUGCUACGGUGACGCCGUUGUCCUCCGUCACCCUGAGGAGAGCAGUGUGCAUGCUGCCCAGAAGUACAGCCCUGUCCCCGUCAUCAACGGUGGCAACGGCAGCAAGGAGCACCCUACCCAGGCCUUCCUGGAUCUCUUCACCAUCCGUGAGGAGCUUGGAACUGUCCAGGGCUUGACCAUCACCUUCCUGGGUGAUCUUCUCUACGGCCGACCUGUGCACUCUCUUGUGUACCUGCUCCGACACUACCACGUGCAGGUUCAGCUGGUCGCCCCCAAGGCUCUGGCCCUGCCGGCCAAGGUCCGAGAGCAGCUGGUGGCUUCCGGACAGCUUCUGUGCGAGUCCGAGACUCUUACCCCUGAGAUCAUGGCUCGCAGCGAUGUUCUCUACUGCACCCGCGUGCAGCGUGAGCGCUUCCCUAGCGAGGAGGAGUACCAGCGCGUCAAGAACUCUUACCGAGUGGACAACGCUUCGCUCAAGCAUGCCAAGAGCUCCAUGAUUGUGAUGCACCCCCUGCCUCGCAACGAAGAGGUUGCCGAGGAGGUCGACUUUGACCAACGGGCUGCAUACUUCCGACAGAUGCGCUAUGGCCUCUACUGCCGCAUGGCUCUGUUGGCUCUGGUUAUGGCUGAGUAG